AUGCCGCCAGAGGCAUCCCCCGAGCCCAAGGCGUCCAGGGCUUGCCGCCACUGUCGUCUUUACAAGCGGGAGUGCGACCAGAAAUUGCCCGGUUGCUCGACAUGCUCCUCCAAAUGGACCAUUUGCGAAUAUGACGACGACUACGUCCCCAUCGAGACGGGCGAGGCUGACACGGAGCUCCUGUGGAGCGAGCCCCUUGCCGUCGAGCGCUCUUUGUGCGGCCUCGAACUCACUCCGGCAGGCGAGGAGCAGCUUGUGUGGUCUGUGACUGCUGCCACAGGGCCAUUCGAACCUGCGCCCGAUUCCAACUUUUUGAUGGAAAUCGUCAAGGACAUCUUCUCCUACGGCGGAACUUCCGUGGAUCAGGUCAUCGCUGAUUACUUUACCAAUGUACACGAAUGGAUGCCCAUUGUUGACAAGCCAAUGGUCGUCUCCGCGCUGCAGUCCAUUCGUUCCACGGGCCGCACGGGAACCAAGGACGACGCCAUGGCAUUGCUUCUCUUGUGCAUGGACAUGAUGAACCAUCACUGCCACCACUCGGAGCAUGGCGCGAACAGUAUGCUCUAUCGGGCAACGAGGCGGCUGUUUUCUCUCGUGGAGACUUUGGGCCGUUCAGGCCUGCUCGCAAAACUUCAUGCUGGCCUGCUGCUGACGGCGUAUGAGUGUGGACACGGGAUGGCUGCCGAGGCUUGUUUGACUUUGGCAACAGCCAUCGCCCUCUCCUGCCCGAACGGCACUGCGACCCUGCUCAUUCCGACGAGGGCAUCCCUGCCGAAAGAUGUCGUUCCCUACGUGGCCGAAGUGCAUCAUGCUGCCGGUAACGACAUCGAGAUCAAGUUCAAGGCAAGAGUUUCAGCAGCGCUCUGCAUCGGCGAAGCUAUAGCAUCCAACCAUGUUGUUCCCGAUGCUCGAGACUGCGCGAUACUCGAGAGGCUCAUCCACGAUUUCGUUCUUCGACAUGGACCGAGCUCUGACAACAAGGACGACGAGGACGACAAGGACCUGUAUCCGGUGUCCGAAGUCAUAGCCAUGGGAUUGAGCGCUGUCGUGUCACUGUACAAGAGAAUGGUCCAAAAGCUUGGGUCGACUCCCGACGCGAAGCUCAGCGUCGACUUCAAGUUCGCCUAUGACAUAGUGUUCGAGAUGUGUCGAGUCGAAGGCGCCCUCAUCCAGACGAGGAAGGAGACGCACGGCCGCCGGCUGUGCUUCUCUGGACUCAGCUGCCUGUACCGUGCAGCCAUAGGCCUGGAUGAGAUUUCUCCUGAUGGGGCCUUGCCCCAGGAUGCCAGGCAGUUGCGAGAUAACCUCAAGUGGUUUUCUCAGCACUGGUCCAUUGCUAACCAGUUGCUUUGGCAACACACUUGCAACAUGCGACAGAGGGCUCCCUAUCAUCCCUUCUAA